UAUAAAAAAGCUACAGCUACUGCUUUUUUAAAACAGAAUCAAACACACACAAAAAAAUUGAUACUAGUCUUCUCUGCUGAUUAAAGAGUAUAUACUAGUACCCCAUUUAGGAUUUGAAUGAAUAUAUUGUUGCUCGAUCAUCCUGAGUCACUUCAUAUUGUCUAGACUGUGAAAUUAAACUGGAGAGAGAGAGGGGUAAUGGAGGAGCAGGUGAAGACACAAGAGGGACCUACUGCUUAUUUUUUGGCGGGCAUCAACAGUCGCUAUCAAUGAUUUUUUGCUUUGGGUGGUGGUGGUGGUUCUCUCAGUGACCCAUCCAAUCACUUAAACACACACACUUUGCAUAUUUUGCUGGAGAGAGAUCUUGAUUUAUAACCAACCAUCCUCGUCAACCUUUCUCUUUAUUUCUUUGUUAUUUUGCUCAUAAAGGAAUCAGUAGGUGUAGGUCAGUGUGUGAUUGUGUGAAACAAAGUUAAAAGGCUUUGUUAAGCUGCUUGGACGGAAGACCAAAUUAGCAGAUCUCAAUCAUAUGAAGAGAUCCUUCACUCUGGUGGAUGUGCUUCUGCUACUAGCAUUCUUGAGUGGUACUUCAUGGGCUGUCAAGGGCAGCUCACAGUGCAGACAAACAAAAUCAGGGAUGAUUAGGCCUCAUAGUGUUUCUAUCACUGAAUUCGGAGCUGUUGGAGAUGGUGUCACUCUCAACACCAAAGCCUUUCAGAAUGCUAUAUUCUAUCUCAAUUCAUUUGCUGACAAGGGUGGGGCCAAGCUUUUUGUCCCAGCAGGCAGGUGGUUGACAGGAAGCUUCGAUCUCAUCAGUCAUUUAACCCUGUGGUUAGAUAAGAAUGCAGUAAUUCUUGGAUCUACAAACUCAGAUGAUUGGCCGGUUGUUGAUCCUCUACCAUCAUACGGCCGAGGUAGGGAGUUGCCUGGUGGAAGACAUAGAAGCCUCAUAUAUGGACGCAAUUUGACCGAUAUUAUCAUAACAGGUGACAAUGGAACUAUUGAUGGCCAAGGCAGAAUAUGGUGGGAGUGGUUUCAAAGUGGAACCCUGGAUUAUACCCGGCCCCAUCUGGUUGAAUUGAUGAACUCCAGCGGUGUUGUCAUCUCAAAUUUGACCUUCUUGAACUCACCAUUUUGGACUAUCCACCCUGUAUACUGCAGCUUUUAUGAAUUAGGGGGAGAGUUGAGACUGUUUUUAUGGAUGAACAGCCAUGUUAGAGUGCAGAAUGUCACUAUCCUUGCUCCACUUGAUUCACCCAACACAGAUGGGAUUGAUCCAGACUCUUCCGAUGAUGUUUGCAUUGAAGACUGUUAUAUUAGCACUGGUGACGAUCUGAUUGCCAUCAAGAGUGGGUGGGAUGAAUAUGGGAUUUCAUAUGGUCGUCCCAGUACAAGAAUUAUCAUUCGUGGGCUCAUUGGAGAAACUCAAUUGGGAUCAGGUAUUGCAAUAGGAAGUGAGAUGUCUGGAGGUAUAUCUGAAGUGCAUGCAGAAAAUCUCCAAUUUUUCAACUCAGUCACAGCUAUUAGAAUAAAGACUUCCCCUGGAAGGGGUGGUUAUGUCAGAAAUAUAUACAUCUCCAAUGUGACCUUAGAUCAUGUUGACAUAGCUAUAAGGUUUACAGGUCAGUAUGGGGAGCACCCAGAUGAGUUUUUUGAUCCAAAUGCUCUUCCCAUAAUAGAAAGGAUUACCAUUAAAGAUGUCACUGGGAAAAAUAUAAAAGUGGCAGGCCUCCUAGAAGGUAUAGAAGGGGACAAUUUUCGCAACAUUUGCUUAUCAAACAUUACCCUUAAUGUAAUCUCAGAGUCUCCUUGGAAUUGCUCAUAUAUUGAAGGAUAUUCCAACCUUGUUACCCCAGAAACCUGUGAUUCUCUAAAGGAGAGUAUCUUCCCCAAGCAUUACUUAGAUUGUUACCAUUUAUCCAGACAUUUGUGGAGUUCAAGUAAUCAAAACAAAGGUGCUCGGUUAUGGUCUUGGUAAAUAAUGAAGUAGCAUUUACUCGGUGGUGAAAUCACCUUCUUCUGUGAAUGUUCAAUUUUAGUUGGAAAUUGGAUUCUAGCCACUCUCAACACAGGUUCCCAGUGAUUGAUUGCCUGACAUGAGUGGAGUUGCUGAUCUUUGGUUGCCGACAUGCGAGAUGGUAUUGAGAAAAGAUUGUUUCUUGUAACUUUGUGUGCAGUAACAAAUAAUUGAGUGAUUAUAAGAAAUUGAAGAUAGAAUGAGCUUACUAGUUGAAAA